GUAUGGUAUCUAAUAAGUAUAGACAACUUUUAAUUUCCCCACUUAUUAAUGCUACAGGUAUACUUACAAUGUCGUAUUUUAUUAUAAAUUGCAUCGUAUGUUAAUGAUAUCCAACAUAUCUCCAAAAGGCCAAAGUCGGAAGUAGGAACUCACAGAAAGGAAGUGAACGCGUCUUGAUUGACAGUUUGAAGGCUAGCUGCACGCGGGUGGGAAGCCCAAUUUAAAAUGUCCGACUGGGAAGAUGAGUACGACGGCGACGGCGUUGCAAUCGAGAAGCCCGCUACUAAACCAGCUCCAACUCUACGGAAAUUACCACCUGUUGAGAGUCAAGGACAAAGUGUGUCUUUUGGCGUAAGAAACGGAAGUAAAUGUGGAGCCUCAAGAGACUGGAGAGCUGAUCGCGGCGGCGAGGGAUCCGAGUUCAGAAGUCGGCGAGGUGGAGGAGAAGGACGGCCGUUUCCCCGCAACACGGAGCGAGGAGGUCCGGGACGACCAGACUCUCGCCCGCCUGUAACUUUCGCCGUGGAAACUGCAUUAAUUGGAAGGAUAAUAGGUCGCGGAGGAGCCAAAAUCCGUGAACUUGAAGAGAGCACUGGUGCAAGGAUCAAGAUAAACAAAGGGGACUAUGAGGGUGAGGUGGUCCUCUUUGGGUCCCCUGAUGCCCAGCAGAAGGCCAAAGAGAUGAUCGAAGACUUGGUAGCAGAUGGCAACUUUCGAUCUCGCGAUGGUCCUGGUAGGGGGGGACACUAUGGAGGAGGAGGUGAUGGAGGAGUAAGGAAUAGCUCUGUUUGGUCUGCUUCAGAAUUACAGGCUUCAGAUGCUGCCCCACCCCCUGUAUCCAUAGACUGGAACAGCAUCCGGGAGAACAAAGGAAAGUAUGAAGAGCUCAAGUGGAAAGACCUUCCACCUAUGAAAAAGAAGUUUUACACUGAGGCGGAGUGUGUAUCCAUACUCACAGCAGAGGAAGUCUGUGAAUGGAGGAAGGAGAAUAACAAUAUAUUUGUGGACGACCUGAAGGAGGAGGGGGAGAAGCGGCCCAUUCCCAAUCCCUGUCGCACCUUUCUGGAGGCCUUUGAGCUUUAUCCAGAGAUCAUGGAAAAUAUUAAACAAGUUGGCUUUGUCAAACCAACACCCAUCCAGUCUCAGGCGUGGCCAGUGUUGAUGAGUGGAGAGGACCUGAUAGCCAUUGCUCAGACAGGAACAGGGAAAACCCUGGCCUACCUGCUGCCAGGGUUCAUCCACAUGGAUGGACAGCCUGUGCCGAGACAUGAAUGUGGUGGUCCAGGCAUGUUGGUGCUGACGCCCACCAGAGAGCUGGCCCUGCAGAUUGAAAUGGAGUGCAAAAAGUACCGCUAUAAGGGCUACAAAAGUAUCUGUAUCUAUGGCGGAGGGGAUAGGAGAGCCCAGAUCAACCUGGUGAAGGGAGGUGUGGACAUAGUGAUCGCUACACCUGGCCGACUAAAUGACCUGCAGAUGAAUGAGCUCAUCAAUCUUCACUCCAUCACGUACUUGGUACUGGAUGAGGCUGACCGUAUGCUGGACAUGGGCUUUGAACCCCAGAUUAUGAAGAUCCUCCUGGACAUCCGCCCAGACCGGCAGUCUGUCAUGACCAGUGCGACAUGGCCCACUGGUGUGAGACGAUUGGCCAAAUCCUAUCUAAAGAAUCCCAUGAUGGCUUAUGUGGGCACCCUGGACUUGGCAGCAGUUAACACAGUGCAGCAAACAGUGCUGAUCGUCCAUGAAGACGAGAAGAAGUCGUAUGUAUUCGACUUCAUCAGAAACAUGCUGCCCCAGGAGAAAGUCCUCAUCUUUGUUGGCAAGAAGCUUGUAGCCGACGACCUGUCGAGUGACAUGUGCCUGCAGGGCCUGGCUGUGCAAAGUCUCCAUGGUGACCGUGAGCAGUGUGACCGUGAAGAGGCCCUCAAGGACUUUAAAGAGAGCCGAGUCCGUAUCCUGGUUGCAACAGACUUGGCAUCUCGAGGGUUGGAUGUCCAUGACAUAACACAUGUGUUUAACUUUGACUUCCCACGUAACAUAGAGGAGUAUGUCCAUCGAGUGGGCCGCACUGGCCGUGCAGGACGCUCAGGUGCUGCUGUUACCCUGGUCACAAGAGAAAACUGGAGGAUGGCCCCUGAGCUGAUUCCCAUCCUGGAGCGAGCUGGACAGGAGGUCCCAGAGGAGUUGGUGCUUAUGGCAGAAAGAUAUGAAAAGCACAAGAGGGAGAAGGACGAGGGAAAUUCAAGAGAUGGAAGGGGACCACGGGGAGGAGGAAGAGGUUAUGGAGGAGGAGGAGGAGGAGGUGGAGGAGGAGGAGGAGGAUGGGGGAGGAGAGAUGGUGGAGGAAGAGGAGGCAGGGAUCGAAGCCAGAACUGGGGAUUCUAAUGCAUAAUAGUACAUCAGGAUGAAGCUGGAUCUGAAACCACCUGUGUUGUCAUUUCAUUGGAAUGUAAAUUAUUUUCUUUUUUGAUUGAUUGAGUUGUUGUUUUUUUAUUUGUGUUUGCUGGAUUAUCAUCCAUUAUCAACGAGGCAGUUCCACCUCAUGUUGUGCUCCUGUUUUUAAAAAUGUUCAAAAUGCACAAUUUUGACAGUUUCUUCUGUCUGCAACUCGCCAACCAUAGCAGUGUUUCCUGUCACUCUAAAUAUAUCGUUUAUGUAAUUUCUGUUUUUGGGCAAAAGUAAAUCUGUACAUUAAACUCUCCUUUUGAAGAGA